AUGCAGAAUUACAACCAUGGUCUUUCCAUCUCGGCGAUGGGCUCGAGGUCGCAAAGCUCAUCAUUUCACAACCACUUUCGGUGUGCAUUUUCCAGUACUACAGCUUUGGCAGCAAGAACAUCUGAUACAAAAGAUGGCUCAUCGCCGUCCUCGCCAUCAGCAACAAGUUUGUCGCCAUUGGCUCUCUCUAUAGGAGAAGCCUUGGAAGGACUCGUCAAGAAACAGAAUGCUCUGCGAAAUCAAAAUCAACUAUCGAUAUCACAGCAGGAUGAAAUAACGGUGACUAGUCAAGACUCUGCUGCACGACAAAAGUUCAUUCUUGUCCUAAGUGUCAGUGGUGGCUGCGACUCGGUCGCUCUUUUGCAUGCUACCAUGGAACUUCAGAAUUCAUUGGGCUUGCUUCCAAAGAACAGUGGUAGCAAUUGGGAACUGGAAUGCCAUGUGAUGCACUUUCAUCAUCGGCAACGGGAUGUCGAGGCGGACUUGGAUUGUCAACUCGUUCAAGAGUUGGCUGAAGAGCAAUAUCAAAUUCCUUUUCUGCUACAAGACUGGAAUGAGGAAAUGAAACUCUCCAAGGAAGAUGCAGACGCUCCGAAAUUCUCGCAGAACCGAGCGCGUCGAUGGCGGAGGCAACGCCUUUUGGAGUAUACUCAAUCGUUAUUGUUGUUGGACUCAAAAAGGGCGCAGGCGGUGGUCACAAAAGAUAAUAACAUUUCACCCAUCGGUGUAAUCCUUACUGCUCAUCACCGCAACGAUUCGGAAGAAAGUCUCUUGCUAAAACUACUGAGAGGGGUUCAUAUUCUGAAUCUAUCCGGAAUGGAGGCAAUCACCACGUUGGAUCAUGGCGGAAAUAGUGAAGCCAACGGUGGCGAUAGUGGUAAUGACGCCCAAACAUCCAACAUUUAUGUACUACGGCCAUGGCUGAAGCAACGAAAGGAGGAUCUUCAAGAUUACUUGAUGUCUAAGAACAAGACUUGGAGGGAAGAUGCUUCCAAUGCGUCUCCCAAGUACUUGAGGAACCGCGUCCGGAAUGAACUGAUACCGCUCAUGGAAGAAUUGUCUCCCAGCAUUCACAAGCGACUGGAAAUUCUGGAACAGCAAAGCUUUGAGCUUCAACAAGAGUUGGAACCACAGAUUCUGGAUUAUUUGGAUCGGCGGCAAGUUGUAGUGGAUGGAACACCACAGUCAGAGCGCCAGUUUAUUUGGGAGACGGAUGAGGUUGCUAGAGCAAGUUCACCGCUGCUACAAUCUCAAGCCUUGUUCCGAUGGAUGCAGGAAGAAGUUGAACGACGACAUUGUCAUGAUGAGAUGUCUUCCAAUAAUGGCAAUCGUAGCACUUCAUUGUCGUACGACAUGCUCCAAAGGGUUUUGCACCAGCUACGACAUCAUCCAAACGAACUGGAUUGGAUCAUGGAUCUAGGCGGGAAAUUCAGAUUGCAGCGAAAAGGGGCUCGAUUGAAGAUUAUCACUAUGAGCCCGGAACAAGGGGAUGAUUCGACAAAUCCAAAAGUGAAAAGUGGGUGUCCGUGGACUUGGUCCAUGGCACCCGAAAACGACAAAGCCCGAGAUUCCGUCUUGAGGCUAGCCAUACCCGCGGAGGUGAUUACCAGUGAUUUGCAAUUCCUGGAAACCACAGUGGAAGAAUAUGCUAAAAUGCCAAAUGCUUUGCUACGGUUUCGUCCGCAAUGGAAACCAACAGAAAGUCGUCCCAUCAAGCUCCGCCAAUUCUUGCGAGGUCAACAGGUUCCACUUCACGAACGGGAUACCACACCAAUACUGUACAUGGCCACAAAUACUGCUGCUGCUACUGCUGCUGCUACUACUACUACUACGAAUAAUAUUGCAUCGGAUAGCACAAAUAUCCAAUCAAACGAAACGAAAAUCGUGGCAGUACAUGUCAACGGUUCUUGGAUGGUGCAUGGCGAUUUUUCCAACAAUAACGAUGGAUUCGUCAAUAAAUCAGGAAUGUUGAUGUUACACGUGGAACAUUCUGAAGGAGGACGAUGA